CAAUGAAAAAACGUAUGUACCGCUGCGUAAAUCCUGAGAAUAUACGCGCGCGAAAGAAAACGGAAUGAUACUGUCAGUAAUGUUCUAGCGUGCAUCUUAGUACGUUACAGAUAAUCACAGUACAAGCAGUACGAAAAUGGGAUGAUUCCAUUCUCAGUAUGUCGCGUGCUGUUACUAGGCUAGGGAUACUAAUGUUAGCAAAACAAUAUAAGUUGGUCGUUGUUGCAGCAUAUUUCGGUCACUUUAUUGCUUAUUGUAGACAACUUUCAGAAUUAUGGGAGCAAUAUAAUGAUUUAAAUACUAAAAUAAAUUCUUGUAUACAAAAUGAGACAAUUAAUUCUAUGCUACGAUUUAUAUACUUCAUGAAGAUAACUAAAUAUGAAUUACGACAGCAAGUUCGAUGGAAGCUUAUUACAACAAGAACCCAGCAGGAAUCAUUUGGUAUUCACAAAAGUAUUUUAGAGACUAAAUUCUUUUAUCGAAAAUUCGCGUGGAGUCUAAAUUCUUUUUUUCACGAAAUUGACUGACGCGGAAAUGCGCACUCUUUAAUUACUAAAUUUUGACUACUCUCUAUUAUAAGAGUAAAACAAAGUAAUCUCA